CUGUACUAAACACCCUGGCAACGUUGUCAUCAACGACGUAUGGAUUUAAAGUAGCUCCCCUACCGUAUGUCAAUCGUGCGUCUAAUUCAGUAUUGCAGUACAGUUUAUUAUUGAAUUAAAAUAAAAUACAUAAUUUGUAGCAUAUACAAGUAUUUUAACACGUGUCAUAAUUGCGACAUAACAUAUUUUAUUGCUUAAAGUGUAGGAAUACUUCUAGUAAAACUUUCGAAAUUCCCGCAAUAUCUGAAAAUUGAUUGGGUUGAUAGGGACGUUAGCGCGGAAAUACAUAAUAGUUUUAACACGGAAUGGCUCAAGGAGAUCCCCGUAAAUGGCACAUGCCAGGAUGGAGAAUAGAACAGAAAUAUUCACCCGGAGUUUUAAUUGGAAAUUGGGAUGAAGAAAGAUACACAUUCCAACGAGGUAACACAAAACACAACAGCACUCACAGAGUUGACUUUCGCAAUGUUGGUAGCCACAGACCAGAUGUUGUUGUGCGAAGAAAAGCUUUACUAAGAAACGACGGCCUAGGACCAGAACAUCUAUUUUGGCAUCAUGGUAAUAGAUACACCAAUAAUAUGUUGUCAUGGUACGAUGAACAUUACAACGGGCGAUGGAAGGAGAACACACUGCCACCUAGCCGGCAGUGGAAUGGGAAUCAGCUGGCGUGGGGACCGGAAAAGUCGGACUAUCCACUGCAAGAAUCUAUUGUAUCUGGCAUCAGAGUAAUAGCGGCUCCGACCAAUUUCGGUCUUCUCCAAAGUCUUCAGGAGAAGUGGCGUGCACAGAUUGCAGACGAGACACGUGGGGAGUUUGACUCCACGUAUUCAUCCUCCUACCUUCAGCCCGGCAGGGACGCUAUGGCCCAGCCAAGGUAUGCCAUACCACGCGCCCAGUCAACCAAUCUUCACCCAGUCAACAAAAUCAACAAGGACCUUCAUUUCCGUGGUGUGACAGCCCUGAAAGCUCCGGAGAAACUACCUGAAAUACCGAUUCGUGCCAUGACAACCGUUGGCAUGUGAAUGAGGCAACAAUUUUAGGAUUGGUUUUUAAAGAAAAAGUUUUUAUUAAUGUGUGAUGGUAUAUCAUACACAUUUUAUAAGCAUAUUUUUUAUUUCUGGAAAUUGAACAUUUAAAUGUGAUAUUUUUUAUCACUUGUUACUUUACUUUUGUUACUUCAUUCUUGCUCAUAAAGUGUUUCAUAAAGAUUUAUUGUUUUGUUUUUUUUGGUUUGUAAUAUUUACCAGCUAUAACUGUCAUGAUACAUUUCGCUUUGUUGUAAGAAUAAGUCAUAGCUGACCUUUUGUGUAUGAAUUGAUCAAGAUGUUUCAUUGUUCACAACUCCUUAAUCUUGUGAUAGGGAUCUUGAGUGCAUUUUCCAAAAGACAUUUAACCCUUUAGCACUUAGAUACGUAUUAAACCCUUUACCACUUAGAUACAUAUUUUGACACAUUUGAAGUCCCUUAGAAAAUUUAAUUUAAUUAAAGAUCUUUCUUACUUGAUUAAAGUUUUAAAGACUUUAUUUCAACUCAAAGAUAGUGAUGAGCAGCAAACAGCAUAAAACCUGAACAGACUUUGAGUUACUCACAGGCUGUUUUGGUUUUAUACUGUUACACUAAGCCAUUUUAACAUUCCGUCUGAGUGGGAAAGGGCUAAGUGACCACAAAGGCACCAAAUAGAGAUUUGAACAUCUGGAGUCCCAAUAAGUUUCCAGCCUAAGAUGAGUUUCGGUUCAAAUAAAGCAAACCAACAGCAGUGACCUAGGCUAGAGAAGCAUAGUUCGAGAUUGUAUGGCAUAAUGCCAAAUGCUGCAGCAUGAUUACUUAAAAUUUUGUGUGCAAUUAUUUACCAGAUAAUCAAAGCCUGGAAGCCUGGUUAAAUGAAAUCUUUAUGCAGAUGUUUCAACAUUUCAAUGACCAAACAAGUUGGUCACAUUUUAAUACAUUACAAUCUUACAUGUGUGCUGAUAACACUUCUUUAACCAGUGUAAUAAAACAAGCACAGCAGAUCAAUCUGGAUACAUCAGAAAACACUUAGCACAGGUGCAAACUUCUCCUUAUCUGGUUGUUCAUGUUGAUCAUGCUAUAAAUGAUUUUUCUUUUUAUUCCAUGUCAAAUUGUAAUUGUUAUAAAUGCUGAUCAUUGUUUUCUAUAAUACAUGUUUUUAUAUGUUCAUAGUUAAAAUGUAUAAACCUUCACUGUGUUAUUUACUUUGCUGUGAUCUUCACAAAUCGUUGAUUAUUUGAAUAUUAAGUAAAUUUUUAGACACUUUAGGCAUUCUAAACCACUUGAGCAUUUGAGUUUAAUGGUUGAAUUGUAUUUUCAAAUUUUUCCUAAAAUGAUGGUUAUUAUAUUAAUAGAUACAUAUUUCAGCUGGGAAAAAAAUGUUAUUAAUUCGAAAUGUAUUAUUAACCAUUAAUAUAAAUAUUAUUAAUGUUGUGCAUAAUACAGCUUUGAAUGCUGAUAAGUUUCUAUCCAUAUUUGUUCAAGCUCAGUCCUGUGAUAGUUGUUGGAUGUAUUCAUCUUGGCUAGUUGGACGUAUUCAUCUUGGCUUGUUGGAUGUAUUCAUCUUGGCUUGUUGGAUGUAUUCAUCUUGGCUUGUUGGAUGUAUUCAUCUUGUCUAGUUGGAUGUAUUCAUCUUGGCUUGAUGGAUGUAUUCAUCUUGGCUAGUUGGAUGUAUUCAUCUUGACUAGUUGGAUGUAUUCAUCUUGGCUUGUUGGAUGUAUUCAUCUUGGCUUUUUGGAUGUAUUCAUCUUGGCUUCGUACAUCUGUGAUAUAGUUUGUUACUCUUUUACGUUUGCUCAAAAUAGAUUAAACUUGCUUAUUAAAUAAGUCAUUUUAACUGUAUAGUAUCUAGUGUAAAAAUUAUAAACAAUGCAUAUGUGAGAACAUUUUACUUUUCUCAGCAGACUCAGUAUUAUAUGAGUAAUAAUUAAACAAGUGUGAUUUUUUUGUUUUAGCUACAAAUACAAUAUGUUUAGUUUAGCCUAUCAUUAUUGCAUGUAUUUAUAUGCUUUUAUUAUAUAUUUGUGAAAUGUUUAUAUUUAUGUAUAUUUGAAACAUAGGCGCUCGGUUGUUAACAAAUGAAAGCAUCUCUCGAAGCCCGAUUGGUUUAUUUUGCACAAGGUACGCAUACUAUUUCUAUGAUAGAGACAGUCAAUCAGCAAGAUGUGAUAUUAAGAAAAGACAAGCGCCUUGUUCCAUAGAUGUACAAGUAGCAUAAUCUAGAUAAGAUAAGUUGAAAUGCAUGUUAACUGCGAAAAAUAAGUUCAUGACAUAAUUUUAACUGGAUGCAAAUGCACGCAAAAAUUGAAGUACCAGUUCUUCAUGCAGAUUUCAUAAACAAAUUUUGAAGUGUUGACUUUCUUUUCCGAUGCUAUAGAAAAGUUCAAGUGCAUGACCUUGUUUGUGAAUGAUUUUAUAUUGUUAUAGAAGAGUCCAUUUUGUUUAAUAGCACUGUGCCUAUUGUUUCAAAUACACAAUCAUCUCAGUAUUAACACCACUUCAGAAUUAGUACCCUAUGUUAAACAUAUCUGUGCAGUAUUAUAUAAUGUUUUUGUUUAGUUAUGAAUCUGUUUUAGUAUAAACUUGUUCUUAAAAAAAGCAGACAUGGGGUAAUAGGUAGAUAAAGUAUUGCCAGUUGCCUGUUUUAAGCCUUCUUUGCAUCAUGAUGCAACCAUAAAUCAGUAUUCAAACCCAAGAUGUAUUACAAGUUAUAGGGUAUCUGUUAACACUUUCUAUUUGUUUUUUAUUUGUGUGUUUACAAAGUUUAUCUGUGUUAUUCCAACACCUUAUGUGUGUUUCUGUUGUAUUCAUGUCUUGUAUAAAAGAAUAUACUGGCAUUAAAUCCCUUCAUACCCAAA